AUGCGCGGUCCUUCGCCGCUCGUAGGGGCGCUCCGCACCGCACGGCGGCCACAGCUCGCGCCGCUGUCCGUUUGCUGGCAGUGCCGGGCCAUUCAGAUCAGCGCCUCGCCCGCGACCGAGUCGCCCAAGGCGGGCGGGGAUGCCUUCGGAGCGCCCAUCAACGGAGCCCGGGACUCGGCUGAUGCCCGGUUCGAGGUCCUCGGGACGCCGUACUCACUGCUGUCCGUCACGUUGUCGGCUUCCCAGAAGCUGUACACCCGGAGGGGGACGCUGGUCUCUGUGGCCGGCAAGGUCGAAAAUGCGCAAUCAAUACUGUCCCUGCGAAACCCCAUCCGCAACGCCUUCCUGGGCAUGCCCUUCCUCUACCAGCGCAUCACCUCGACGACGCCCAUCACCGCCCUCAUCGCCACCAAGUCGCCCUCCACCACCUUCUCCAUCCUCCACCUCGACGGCACGACCGACUGGGUCGUCGCCCAGCGCAACGCCCUCCUGGCCUGGACGGGCCACACCCUGUCCAUCACACCCCGCGUCCAGCGCGGGCUCUCCGUCGCCCACUGGGGCAACUCACACCUCACCGGCCGCGGCUUGGCCGCGCUCUCGGCGCCGGGCCACGUCUACCAGGUCGCGCUGGCGCAGGACGAGGAGCUGGUCGUGCACCCGAGCCACGUCGUGGCCUACGCGGUCAACAAGAACCCGCCGCUGCCCUUCCGGCUCAAGAGCUCGGCGCUCCGGCUGCAGGUGCCCUCCGUGCCGGCCUACGUCGCCAGGGCCUCGUCCGACAUGGUCCCCGAGGGCCUGGCGCGCUUCUGGAGGAACAUGCGCGACACGGACACGUACAAGUUCCUGGCGCGGCUGCUGUUCGGCCUCCGCACGGCGGCCCGGCGCUCCCUCUGGGGCGACAGGCUGUUCCUGCAGUUCCGGGGCCCCACCACGCUGCUCGUGUCGAGCCGUGGCGUGCGCGUCGCCGAGGUCCUGACCAGGGACGACGUCAACGAGAUCGCGGACGCCGAGGCGGGCGUCGUGCCGGCCGCCGUCGAGCUCGCGCUCAAGCCCAAGGAGGACCCGCAGCAGGCCGGCCGCGCGCCGACGGCGAAGCCCGUCGCGAUACACAUUGCGAGCGUGGGCGAGGGCGGCAAGGUCCGUUUCGAGGACUCGAAGGACCUGAAGGAGUUUGUGCGGUGA